AUGGCUCCAUCGUCAGUCAAUGGCAAUAUGCAACUGCUGAAUAUACCUGAAGGUCAAACGAAAGGAAAUUCCACGAAUAUUGAUACUAUUAAUAUUGAAAAUUUAUUACUUCGAGAUGACGAUAUUUUCCAAACAUCAUUGAAUUCAGAGGAUUAUCUAGAAAGUUUAGCACCUAUAAUCAAAGAUGCGUUAAAGGUUAAUGGAUUGUCUGAUCUUAUAUAUAAACUAAACGAUAUAGUGAAGGAUAAAGAUGAUGAAUUGAAUGAUUUGUCUUUAAGUUCUACACAAGAUAUUAACUCAUGUAUUGAUUCGAUUGAUAAUAUUCAUGUGGAAUCGUAUGACUUAAACCAAAGUCUACUGCAAAUCAGUCAAUUCCUAAAUAGAUCAGUGCAUGAGUUGAUUACUAGAAAGAAGAGUUUAAUAAAAAGCAAAGAGGUCACAAGUAAGAUUAAUGAAACCAACGUGACACUUAAUUUAUGUAUUCAGGUCCUAGAAAUUACAAAUAAGAUCCAUGAGUUGAUAAAGCAGAAUAAUUACUUUAGUGCAUUGAAAUUAAUUGAUGAAUUAACAAACAUUCAUUUGCCGAAAGUUGAAAGCUUUAGUUUUGCUGUUAAAAUUUAUGACUCUAUCCCGCACUUAACGAAAAUGAUUAAAGACGAAUCAUUCGAGAAUUUAGGUAAAUGGCUUGCAAUUAAUUUAGAACGUAAAUUAGUUGCCAUUGGUGAAGCUCUUUUUGAUAAUUUAUUUCUUUUACAACAGAACUGGGAAAAGAUUAAAAAGAGUAAGGAUUCAUCAGCAACAUUUAUGCCUUACAAAUUAAACUCGCCCGUUGAAUUAUCAAUGCGGGAUCCAUCUUCAAAUUAUAACAUUUUUGACGAUGAGGCUUUGCAAAUUAGCUUAUCCAGUCUAUUUGAUGCUAUAUUAGUAUAUCAAACUUUAAAUGAGGACGAACUAUUAUCAAAAUUGUACCAUAAAGAAUGGAUGAAGAAAUAUAACCGUGUCAUUUAUCCUAUAACUUCAUCUGUGAAAUCUCCGGCUGUACAAGGACAUAACCCUAAUGAUAAUGUAAUAACAGAAUUUAAUAACUUAUCAAGCUUGGACGAAUAUUUGAAAAAAAUCAGUGCAUUUUUUGUUAUGGAUAAACAAAUAAACCUUGCGACUAAAUUCCAGUUACGUUCUCACGCAAAUUCUAACGACUUGUGGGAUUCUUACGCUAUCAAAUUAAAGCCUGUGUUAAUAAAUUACUUGAAAACUCACAAAUUGGAUGCAAAUAAUCUAACUGAUUUUAAGGAUCUUGUAGGUAAUUUCUUACAGAUCAUGGAGAAUAGUGGUUAUAAAAUAUUUGAUCUUUAUGAAAUUUUAAUGAUUAUUUUCCAAGGUUAUUUUGGUCCAGAUUUGAUACAACAAUUCCGUUUGGAUUUUAUCGAAUCAAUCCAAUCUGACCAUUACAUGCCAUUAGUGGUUCAAGAUAAGCGUGAUUACGAAAAUGUUAUGAAGAUUUGCUGGUAUAAAUCUGAUGCACCUUUCGCACCUCAAAAUGUCCAUUCGAUGCCUAUAAGUUUCCCAUUUAGUGAAGAUUACGUUCAUUAUUGCUUGGGUAUACGAUCAUUAUUGGAAGAAAUAGUACAGUUUAUAAGCCAGCAUUACAGUUAUAACAUCAAUGAAAUAAAUAACUUCAUUGUGAAUGACAUCUUCGAAAAAGUACUAGGCAAUGAAAAAGGAGUGGGUAUAAAUAAUGACAUACAAGAAUUUAUUGAUAAAAAUGCUAAUAAUAAAGAAGUUAUGGCUCAAAGUUAUACUAAUUUAGAGUAUUAUUUAUUUAGUCUUUACGAAAUUGGGAAGUUAAUUAACCGUCGUUUAAGAUUAAAUACGGGUACUGGUGUCCAUAAUAUAGAUGCUAAUGGUACGUUUACAUUAAAAGCGAUUGAUUUAUUUACAAACGUGAGGAAAUUUUCAGAGGAUACGAUUUUUCAAAUGGUUGAUAAUAAAAUCAGCGAAUUGUUGGAUAUGGUUGAAUACGACGAUUGGUUGCCAGAAGUUGCAAAUAAAGAAGCAAACUAUUCGAUUAAGGAUUUUGCUCUUUUCUUGGAAAAUUUGUUUAAAUCUAUAUUUUCAAAUUUACCUCUGUCAUUCAGGACAUUAGGGUUAUUUAGAACUUAUGAUUUUGUGGCAGAGCAUUUCUUAAAUAUCUUAAAAAGUGUCGAUAGGUAUAACCGAACAGCUAUAGAAAAUUUCGAUUUGGACAUCAGAUACUUAGAAGAAUCAAUGAGUAAUUUAUAUUCUACUCAAGAUAGUUCGCCAGAAAAUACUGAAGAUGGUGGAGCGGUCGCGUUACAGUCGACUUUUACAGAAUUGAGACAAUGUAUUGAUUUAUUAAAAUUGGAUAGUUAUGAAGAUUUCAUCAAAAACCCUUCUUUUAGAAUGAGAAAAUUCGAUAGAGUUAAGUUGGAAGAUGGUUUAAAACUUAUUUCCAAAAUGCAGCAGCCAUUAGAAGAAGAUAAUGAAGAUGCAAAUAUAUCUGCCCAUGAGGAAAGUAUGAACACCUCAACAAACAGUAUUGACCUGCAGAAUCAAUCUGUACUUUCCAAUUCAGCUUCAACUAAGUUUGCUAAAUUCAGUAGCAAAUUUAGAAGAAAGAAUGACUUUGAUAAUUACUAA